AUUCUGAUGAUGAUCGAUUUGUCAAUGAAAUCUCAAAUAAUCAAAUAAUAUGUUUGUUGAAUAUGCUUGCGUGAACUAAUGGGUGUUGUUAUGUUGUAGAUUAUGAUACAUUUGUCAUGAAUAAUUUGGAAAUUGAUCAAAGUAUUGAAUAUGUGAAGAAUAUAGUCGAUAAUAUUCGAUGCAUUUCAUGUGAUAAAUUGGAUGGUUCGCGAACAAGAUAUUCCUGUGGUCAUGCAGCUUGUAGCAAUUGCUUGGUAUUCGCUGAAGAGUGUCGGAUAUGUCUGAGUCCAGCGCAAAGUCCUUGCUCCCAACCUCAGCUGGACAAUGUAUUAACCCAGAGAGUUCAAAAUGCAACAGCACUACUUAAUGCUUACCAGGAUUUGUUUAAUGUUGAUGUCUUCCAAAGGAAACGAUUGUCAGAACAACUCCGAAUAGAAAAAGAGCUUUUCCCUAAAUGUAUUCAAGCACCAUUGAAGUAUGAAAACAAACGAAAGAGUUCAGGCUAUUCGAGGUUCAACAAGGAGAAUAGAAGUUCUACAUUUUUCCCCGGAGAGGAAACAUCACCAUAUAGAGAAAACAUAAUGGAAAGCUCAGUUAGUUAUGUACAAAAGUGGCUUAAUAAAAAUGAAAAAGACUUUUCUAGAAAACCAUUUAAAGAUUUAAGUGUAAAUGUACAGCUGAACAACCUUGCUGGAAUUCAAACAUCAAGAAGUACAAUUCAGAAGAAAAAGGAGGAUCAAAUACCUGUGCUUACGAAAAGUAGGAAAAGAUCACAUUUUAAAACUACAACUAAGAACAUACCUAUUCCUGAUAAAAGCAGAUGUUCUUCUGGCAAAUUUAAUAGAAGCUCUAAAAGAGUAAAAAAAGAGUUACAACUGCCAAAACAAAGCCUCCAGCAUGUUUGUGAAAAUGAUGAAAGUGGCAUAUUUAUGGAUGAACCAAUUGAAAUAGAUGACUCACAAGAAACUAUUAUUGAUAAGGAUAGAAAAGCAUGGCUUGCUGUAAUAGAAGCUCAUAAAAAUGAAUCUACCUCAAACACAACUUUAGAAUUAAGCAAUGUUGAAAUUACAAAUACUACAAAGCAAAUACCGUUAGUUUCCAGUAUUAAGUGUACUACAAAUGAAAACCAAAUCACAAAGAUACCUUUUUACAAAAAAGGUUAUAUAAAAGAAACUUGCAAAUAUUGUACUGGUCUACCUUAUGAAGCUGCCAGCCAGUCUAAAGAAGUUGAAAUAACCAUAGAUAGUCAUAGUUUUACAACUACUAUUAAAGUUCUAAAAGACAUUGGUAACAAAUCAAAUUUUUGUGCAACAAAUUCAGUUUCAGUCCAAACAGAUUUAUGUGAAGGAACAAAUGAUAUUGGUGUGAAAGAACCGAGUGUAACAACCAAGGUUUCUGAUGAUGCUCGAAGUGAAGAUUUAUUUGCUGAAGAAGUUAAAAAUAACUUUGUUGAGCACAAAAAUCAUAUAUCUCAUAAUUGUGUGAUCAUUGAAGAAUCAGACAGUGACACAGAUAUUGAAUUAAGUGGACCUGUACCAGUUAAAGUUGAUGUUCAUAGAUCUUGUGAAAUAUCUGAAUAUGGUAUUCUUAGUGAAGUGGAAAAUAUACGAAAACACGAUACGAGACCUAGGCGCGGUCCCCGUGGUCUUACGCCGACCAGCACUGAUUCAUCAGAAAAAGAAAAUUUUAAUCCAAACAGAGUAAAAAGACAACAUUCCAAGAAGAAAAAAUAUUCAAAGUGACUGCACUUCUUCACAAAACAAACUUUAAUUAAACUUACUAAGUUUAAGGAACUAGAAAGUUAAUAAAUAAUAAUAAAAAUAUGUCUAAGUUGAACAAACAAAAUGGAAGUUACUAUCUUUUUUGUUUUUAGUAAUUAAGUAAACUUAUGUAUUUGUUAUUUCUUAAGGAUUAUUAUAUGUGCCUUAAUUUUGUUUAGUAAUAAUGAUAUUAAAUUAUAUUUUUUUA